CCACCAAAGUUUUGUGAAAAUGCCCAACUGGAGGAAGAGGAGGAGCCAGAAUAUUUCUAUAUGUUCAUUUAAAGAGUAAUUGUGAGGAGUGUAGUGCAAAUUGAUGAACAUGAAUCUUUGCACUAUAUUUCACCUUUAAGUGGCUUUCCUUAAUGAAGAAUGAAGUGCCCAUAAACAAGCUGUAAGUGGAUAAAAUGCAUCAGUUAAAUCUAUAAUCUGAAUCAUUUGGUGUUUUAGGUUUUCUGUACACAAAUCAUAAAGUGAAGCUUUUCCUUUGAUUAUAAAUAAAGUGGGAAUUUCUUCUUUCUUUAGCAAAA